AUGUCCUGCACUUGUAAUAAUAGGAGUGUCAUUACUGCAUGGACAAAACAUGGCAUGCCUUUAUGUAGACCUUGCAAGUUAUACCAAAUACCCACAGCUGACAAGAGAAAUUGUAUUCAUUGUAUAAAUAACACCACUUAUAUUAAUGCAACAUGUUUUUCAUGUGAAGAAAACAGUAUAAUUGUGGAAAGAUCAGCCAAUGGUUCUCUCCUGAACAAAUUGACCUGUGUUCGAUGUAUAUCAGGUAUGAUACCUGAUAAAAGAAAAGAGAAAUGCAUAAUGUGCCCAAUAACUAUGCUCAAUUGUACAUGUUCAACAGAAACACAUGACUAUGUGCCUGGUCUUGGAUGCUACAAAAAAGAUAUUGUUUCAUCCUUUAUCAAAAUUAAUGACAUUUAUGAAAUCUCCUUUAACUUUGGGAACAUUUUUUCAAAAUUGUUGUAUGACAAACUAUUAUAUGCGGUUUAUAAAUGCAAGAUGAAUGACUCUAUCAAUUGCCAGUUUGUGAGUAAUAUGUGUGUGAUUAAUCUUUAUCAAGAUUAUCUUGGAGGGCCUUGUAAAUUGUUUAAAGAAAUUAAAAAACUCAGUAGUCCUGGAUUACCUUGGAUUUAUUACCCAGAAGGUGAUGCCUGGAAUGUUUUAUCUAAGAAAACAAUAAAUAAACGAUUCACUAUGGAUUACUCUUCAGAGGAAAGCCAUCUAACUAUAUUAGUAAAUAAAUGGAGCAUCAAUGGAACUUGGAUUGGACAAGAACUUGGUUUAAAAUCUCUGAAUUUGUGUCCUUUACAAGAAUUUCCCGAGGAAAUUAGAUUUGCAUCUGAAUACUAUGUUACAUGUUCUGUAAAUGCAAAGGAGCUUCUUGGAAAAGGAGAACCAAUAUUUUAUGAUAUUUAUCUUAAAUAUAUAAGCAAUAAUGAAACAAUGUUGCACUCUAUACCAUUAUUAAUUCAAAACUACAAGCAUCACAAAAAAUUUGUCAAUAAGGUAAAUGAUAUUUCACAAUGGCAACUCACUCGUCGUAUGUUUGUUGUUGAUACUGUUAGCAGUUAUAAAUUAGGCGACAACACAUCUUCAUUGCCUUACAUAAUUCGAUAUUUGAAAUCUGCUACCUUAAGAAUAAGAGUUAGAGAUGGUCUAGAAGAAGGCAUGAUAUAUCCACCAUUGCUGAUAUUAUCUUAUGAUGAGGUCACCAAAGAAGAAAUAGAAAAGAAUGCUAAUUUUAAAGUGUUCCUGAAUGUAUAUUUUCAAAAAAAUGAUACAGUAAAACGGUCGUUUGAUAUUGCUAUUGCUGUUUUGUGUUCCCUCUCUGCAAUAUGGUCUUUUGUUAAAGCUUGGUCUAAUACAAAGAGAUCUGGUCAACGAGCAAUAGACUUGGUUGCCGUUUUACACUUAUGCAUUAUUUCUUGUGGCCACUUAGCAAAUGUCUUCUUUCUUAUCAGUGCCUGUGCCGCAAUUCACAGCUUUGUUUAUUACAAGUGGCAGAUUGUUGCACAUGUAUUGCUUCCAUCUGCUAGGCUCACAUAUCUUGUAAGAACCUACGUUAUUGUGUCAUUUCCCCUGAAAGUUGUGGAAAUUUUAUCUAUGAUAUGGUAUCACAUAAAUGUUGAUAUUUUCUUAAUUGACUGGGAACAACCACGUAUCCAAAAACAACAAACUUUUUCAGUAAGUGCAUGGCGAACUUAUUUUGUUUCUAAUAAAUGGAAUGAAAUACAAUCUGAAAGGAGGACUAACUUAGUCUUACAAUUGGGUUUUACUGUCUUGGUUUUGAAGGUAUGGGGAAUAGAAAACUGGGCAUUAUCAGUUCCUGAGCUUCAUAGAAUCACCACUCCUCCAUUAGAAGGAUAUAUAAAGUUCAAUAAAAUACAUAGAUUAGCAAUAGGAAUCCUGGUGUUUUGCAUUAUAUACAUGAUUCAGUGUCUUUUUAUUUAUGGAGUGUAUGAACAUUACAUUAAAAAUCCAAUUCAAGAAUUUGUUGAUAUCUGCUCUCUUGCAAAUAUUAGUGUAUUUAUUUUAUCUCUUGAAAAUUUUGGAUUCUACAUCCAUGGAAGAUCUGUACAUGGUUUCUCAGACACAGAUAUGGCAACAUUGAAGCACCAGUUACACCGGGAAGAAGAAGAUUUAGUAGGGCAUAGAGGUUUACUUCCAGCUUCUGACCGGCAAACAUUCAAAAUGUUGAUACCUCCUAAAUUACGAUUGAUUUACAGAUCACUAUUAUCCCUCAAUCCUAAUAUUUCAAACUUUCAUAUUACUGGUUUUACCAACGAGGGGAAGAGUCAAUUACCUAACACAGACUAUGGAAUGCAAUCUUAUGUAACAAUAAAUCGGUUUUUAGCUGCGUUCAUAGAGCAUGCAUUGAAAGAUUUGGACUACGAAGUGAGAGAAAAGUCAUUCUUUGAAGCUCUUUUGGAUAUUGAACUGUGUGAUGUAAAAAACAAUGGGACUCUGUAUAAUGAUAAUGGUCAUUCAUUUGACAAUGUCCUAUACUAUGGAAAUGAAUUUAGACUUUUUACAUUUGAUCUUGUUGUAUUUUCUUUUGUGGAAAUUCUUUCACAAGAUUUUCUUCUUGCUGCGGCUAUCACAGUUUUAUUCGAUGAGAUUUUAGCAAGAAUAAGAAAAUAUGGAGGAAGAAAGAAUUUUUCUAAAAAAACACUAAUUGAUGAACAUUUUUUGUUGUAA